AUGUCGACGAUACAGCAACUUAAGAAUUUUAUCCGUCAUGGCAAACAAGCCCGAGCUCCCAACUUUAACGAGGAGCCUGCCCGCAAACAUGACUCUGCGCCACAAGCACCCAAGGCGGCCGUGACGACGAUGCCCGAUAGCGAACCCCAGUUAGACCAUGCACCCCAGGCACAGCCGCUGAAUGUCUACUCGGAAGCACCCGGCGACGCACAGAACCGAGCUGCGCAAGCUGCCCACGCUGCUGCCCAUCAUGUGGAGCCAGCGCAGCAAGUCCAGAAUAAGACGGCCGCCAAGAGCAAGCGCGUCGAUGAGUCGAAUCUUGCCAAGCUGAUCGCCGAAGAGAAUGCGAGCAAGAGCAAAUUCCCGCGGUAUCCGGGCCUAGAGCGCUGGGAGCUGGUCGAGAAGAUGGGCGACGGAGCCUUCAGUAAUGUCUAUCGGGCCAAGGACUUGCAAGGAGACCUCGGCGAGGUUGCGAUCAAGGUUGUUCGCAAGUACGAAAUGAAUAAUAUGCAGCGCUCAAACAUUUUGAAAGAAGUACAAAUCAUGCGUCAACUUGACCAUCCCAACAUCAUCAAGCUGGUCGAGUUCGCAGAGUCGCGACAGUACUACUACAUCGUUCUUGAGCUAGCUCCAGGCGGCGAGCUCUUCCAUCAAAUUGUUCGCCUGACGUAUUUCAGCGAGGAGCUGUCUAGGCAUGUCAUUGUCCAAGUUGCCAAGGCGCUUGAAUACUUGCAUGAGGAGAAGGGUGUUGUUCAUCGUGAUAUCAAACCUGAGAAUAUCCUCUUCAACCCAAUUCCAUUUGUUCCCUCCAAAGUCCCCAAGCCGAAGCAGCCCGGUGAUGAGGAUAAGGUGGAUGAAGGUGAAUUCAUCGCUGGCCAAGGUGCCGGUGGUAUUGGCCAGAUCAAAAUUGCCGAUUUCGGUCUCUCCAAGAUUGUCUGGGAUAACCAAACUAUGACACCCUGCGGCACCGUAGGAUACACCGCACCAGAAAUUGUGAAAGAUGAGCGUUACUCCAAGUCGGUCGACAUGUGGGCUCUUGGAUGUGUGCUGUACACUCUACUCUGUGGCUUCCCACCUUUCUAUGACGAGAGUAUUGAGGUACUCACAGAGAAGGUUGCCAAAGGGCAAUAUACUUUCCUGUCUCCCUGGUGGGAUGAAAUAUCCAAAUCGGCCCAGGAUUUGAUCUCACACCUUUUAACCGUCGAUCCGGAGAAGCGCUACACAAUUCGUGAAUUUCUUGCCCACCCAUGGGUUCAGAUCUCUGGCCCAACUCCCAUGGAAGAGAAGAAGAAGCCAGAAUUCGUUCUCCGUGCGUUUGACGCGUCCAAAUUUGAAGAAGCUGGGAAACGGUAUGAUUUCCGAUCCCCCGGCGCCGUCAACCUUCGUGAGGUCUUUGACGUGGGUUAUGCCGUGCACCGACAGGAGGAGGAGGGCAAGCGCAGACAACAAAUCGGUGUCAAGGGAGGCCAAGGAAAAUACCUUGGUGGUCUCAACGAGGAGGACGAGGAUGAGCACCAUAUGGAAAUUGACGGGCAGGGUGGAGAUCAGAAGCCACAACACGGGACACAGUCACUCGAGCAAAGCAUGAGGAAGACCAACAUCCGCGACCAAGAACAAGCACGAGGACGGGACCGUGAACGAGCCAAUGAGCGAGGCUACGGCCAGCACUCGGCUGCAAUCACUGCAGCCGCCAGGCAACAGGUACGAGAUCGCAAUCGGCAGAAGGGCCCAUUCGAGCUCAACCUGGGCAACGCCACCCUGCUGGGCAAGCGAGGGAAGAAGAUUCCUGCAAUGGAGGCUUAG